UAUGUUUACGCAGUUCGGAGAACUCUCCUAGUCUGCGGGGCCCACGUCCGUGUAGGUGACCUUUUCUCUUGCCCAGAUGUUUAGUUUAUCUUUUCCCAAGGCUGACCAUUUCCUUCGUUUCCAGUGGAAUUACAAGAUUCAGGAGAGGAGAUGGACAGUGAUCUCCUGCUCAGUCGUUUCACUGCAGGGAGGAAAAGGAAGAGAGAGACGAAGGGCCAGGGAAAACGUUCUUCAUCUCACCACGAGGAGGGUCCUUCUCGAGCGCCGGCCGUAAUUGUGGUGGAGGACCAAGAAGAUGCUACCCAGGAACCGGGUACCAUGGCUGGCCAAUCCCCUCCACACCCCGUGAUGCAGGGUGGUGAACUCGCUGGGUCGUCUCAGGGCAUUGCCUUGGAGCGACCUCCAUCACCACCCGCAGUGACCUACGAGGUGGCGACCGGGGGUCGCUCGACGAGGCUCUGCAUCCCUCCCCUACCCCAAAGCCUAGGGGACGUACAGCUGGAGACCCUUAUCACUCUGCCUGCAGAAGACCGGGCUCGUAUCUCGGCAGGCUCCGAGGACGACCUCGACAACAUGGUCCUUUUGAGGCUUAGUCAGGCCGCCGCGGACGAGGCGAUGAAAGCAGCCGAGGCCAAGCAGAAGGAGCUGCAGGAGGAGGUCGCUCGACUCACCAGGGAGUUGGAGGAGAAAGAAGAUCGCUGCGCGGCGCUUACUGUGGAGAAAGCUUCCCAGGAGAACCACUGCGUCGCCCUUGAGGCAGACAAGGCCUCCUUGUCCUUGGAGCAGUUGGAGGUGGAGAGGAGCGAUUGGGUCCGCCAUGCAGAGGGAGCAGUAGAAUCCUUCAAGUCCUCUCCUGACUACACGGUAGUCGCGAUGGAGCGGAUGGAAGAGCUAACGGCCGCUUGGCUCAAAACUGAACCUGGGGCUCAAUGGAUGGUCAAGGAGGGAACCAAGUCCUUCAACUGCGGACUCUUCCAUGCCCAACAGGUCUUCCACGACAGGCUGGCCCAGCUCCCUAAGGGAUUCUCUCUCCCCGACCUUGGCUUCCCUCCUCCCUGCCACUCCUUGGCCGAGUUCAACCCCAGUCCCUAUGUGGACGGGGGGAGCUCGAGCGCGUCGGAAGAAGAAGAAGUGGAAGGAAUUCCUGUUUCUCUAGAUCUUUCCGACGGGCCGGCUCCUUCUUCGCCGGAGCCUGCCUCCUCCCCCAAGUCAGUCAAUUCCAACGACUGGGGGGGGCCUGACCCUUACGAAUUCUGUCGCCGGUUGCCUCGCCGGCAGUGGCCGUCGGUGAAACUGCCGCCACCACCUCCAAACCCUUAUGAAGACUUUAGUGAGGCGUACGAGGCCCUCUCCGCCAACCGCCUGUCUGACGGGCGGAUUGACUGGGAUGCUCCAUGCCCCCUCCAUUCCCUGCAAUGUAUGGCCUGGGGGAGCAUUCAAGAUGAGCACUUACCCCUCCUGGAGCAUGAGUGCGCAUACUACGCAAGUCUUGAGCGAUGGCCUAGCGAGAGUCGCACCGGUUCGCCGGUGAGGCCUACGGAGGAGGUUGCGUUAGGGGAAGAACUGGGGGCGACCACUCCCGUUCCAUGUUGGGGAAGAAAGGUGGUCGUCCUGGACGGCCGGUGAUCGGAGUUUUGCCUGUCCAUACAGCCCCAGAUUUACCUUUCACACCUGCCUGUCCCCCCUAGACCUUCGCUCGCAAAAUCUUAGAUUG